GUGAGGCCGGCCGCGCCCUUUUGAAAGCGGUCAAAAGGAACUCUUCGAGAAGUUGCUCCGGGUGGAGGCUAACGCCCUGCGCGCGUGUUCCUUCUACCUGCAGAGCCGACCUGCUUGGUUGCCUGCCUGGAAUAAAACAUGGCUAGGGUGGAAAAGUUUGCUUUUCACAUACCUACUCUGGAGGAAGUGGCUGAUGUUCUACAGAAUGGACUUCAAGAAAAUUUUGCAGAUGUCCAGGUAUCCGUGGUGGAUUGUCCUGAUAUGACUAAAGAACCCUUCUGUUUUCCUGUUAAAGGUAUUUGUGGCAAGCCUAGAAUUGCAGAUGUGGGAGGUGUUCCAUACCUUUUACCGCUUGUACAGAAAGACAAGGUUUAUGACCUGAACAUAAUAGCGAAAGAAAUACAGUUACCCGGAGCAUUUUUCCUUGGUGCUGGAGCUGUUUCCUCCAGAGUAGUUGGAAGCAAUGCUGAGUUCAUCCCAAUUGUCCAAGCUGAAAAGGGAGAAAAAGCAGCCAUCAAUGGAAGUUACCUAGCCAAGAUCAAUCCUGAGGAUGGCAGCUGUCUUCUCCAAAAAUACAGCUCCCUCCAUGACGAUUGUGAAUUUGGGCUCCUGGCAAACCUAUAUGCGAGUGAAGGUCUUCCCGGUAAGGUCGUUGAAGUGAGAGUGAAGAAAAGAACAGGAGAGCAGAAUUUCAUAUCCUGCAUACGGAAAGCCUUAGAUAAGCAUUAUGGUGACAAAACAAUGGGAAUGGGUGGCACCUUCAUUAUCCAGAAAGGAAACGCAAAACUUCAUAUUAUGCCUUCUGAAUUUUCUGCCUGCCCUUUGGAAACUGAUGAGAAAGUGAACGAUUGGCUGAAGUUUUUUGAAAUGGCAGCUCCGCUGAUUUGCCAGCCUGUGAUUGUUUCUCAAGAUCCAACUUGUAAAACUUGCCUCAAAGUUACUUUUUAAUCAUUGCCGUAACUGAAGAGUAGCUAAAUGAGACUGUCAGGGUUCCAAAUAGCAUCCAAAAGUAAGUCAGAGUC